AUGGAUGGCCCAGAUAAGAAUCGAUCUUCAUAUGAAGAGAUUACUUUGAAUGACACUAUUCCUGCUGAAGGAGCUCAAUAUGGGGCUUUCUACCUUGAAGAGGAGUUCAGGUUCGAUCCUUCUCCCCAACCUGUGCCAGCGGACAAUGAAGCUAUACCAAUGGAUGAAGAUAUUUUGCCUUCAGGAGAGGUUGGUGUUGAUGCUACUGCCACUCCAAUGGAGCACGUAAUGGCUCCGGCUGAUCAGGAUGUAGGUUCCAUCCCAAGUGUCAGCGAGGCACAACAAGCUUCUCAAGAGUUCCCGGAGAUUGAUGUUAUGCGUGAUGCUAUGGACAAUCCUGAUCCAGUAGCAUUUCAAGAAUCACCCAUCAAGAACAUGGACUCUGGUGGUACGGCUGAUACUUCUAUUCUUUCUCCACCGGUUGAACAUGUACUGGCUCCUGAAGCUGGACUGGCAUCCUCUACCGCACAUGUUCAAGCAUCAGUUACUGCUGGAUCUUUAGAUGAUCCUAAAUUGACUAACACAGGAAUUUCUUUAGAAAAAGCUGCGCCUGACUUUGAGCUAAAACCCGCUCCCGCUGUCAAGAGAAGGAGGGUAAAUGCAAGAAAGAAAGGACAGUAUUUCGAUGAAGAGGUUAUUUUGAGUAAUGAGGUGAUGAGAGAGCAGCUUGAUGAUACUACCAGGUUGGUAAAGAAGCGAGCCAAACUCCCCGGUUCGAGUCUGGAUAUAUGGAGGUUUCGCAAGGCACAACAGAAGGAGAACAUUUUCAAUGAACCCUUGCUUUCCGGAAUGAGUAGUGAUCUCCAGAAAGCUUUUAAUAAAGCCUUUCCCUGUGUGAAUGUCGAUGAUCCCUUCGCCUUUGAGGCUCUGCCAAGAUCACCAAAUGCAGAGGCAGAAAAUGCGGCACCUGAGCUAGAAAUGCAACCUGAACAAGCUCAGUCUGAUCAUCAAGUUGAUAUGGACGUACCUGACUUCACCACUCCUGAUGUCGAUCGAUCAUCAAAGCGACCUCAAUCCAUAGAUGUUGUUGGUGGAAAUUUAUAUGAUUUGGUUCCUUCUCCGAGCAAAGGAGGGGAUUUUACUCAAUUUGACAGUAAUAUAGGUUCAACUUCUCAUGUUGGAGGCACUUUUGCCACUGAGGAGACAAUGCCUGCAUUUGAAGCUCCUCCAUCGGCUGAGCCGUUUGGUUUGGAACCUGAAACACCUUUACCUCAUUCUGAACAAUGGCCUGUUAAUGACCCUGUCCCAGAGUUCGCCACCAUACAAAUUUCUGCAGAAAAAGAAGAACUGAGUUUCUUGGAAUCAAGUAAUGCAUCAUCUGAUUCUGAACAACUGAAUGUUGAGAACAUGUCUUCAAGGACUAGGGCUGUUGCGCAAUAUUUAAAAAGCCAUUCUCCGACAACUCAAGCUUCGAAAGACCUUACUGGAACUCUGAGCUUAAACAAGAUUCUGGAAGGCAAAACAAGAAAGAUAUGUGCAAGGAUGUUCUUUGAAACCACGGUAAUGAAAUGAUUUGAGACUGGAGAGUCAACGUGCAGUUGAAGUGCCACAUACUAUUAAAGAACAGCAGAAUGAAAUGCAUGAAACAUGUGCUAAUUCAUGCAAUAACCCUAUGAUGCAGAAGUCGGAGGUUGAGAAGAAAGCAGAUGUAUAUUUAACAGAUGAAAGCCACAGUUCUGAAAAGGUCCCUCUUGAAACAUCAGAUAAUUCAUCAAAUGUUGAGAAGGGAGUACAAUCAGAUUCAAAAGAUGGAAACGACAGUUCUCAGCAGGUCCCACUUGAAACAGAAAACAAGGCAUCAAGAGGAAAGAAAGCAAAAUUUGUAAAAAACACUAACAAGACUUUUGACUGGGAUAGGUUACGAAAGCAGGUAUCCAGCAAUAAGGAGAGAGAGAGAGCGAGCAAUACCAUGGAUACACUGGAUUGGGAAUCAGUGAGAUGUGCAGAUGUAAAUGAAAUUUCACAAACUAUUCGAGGACGAGGAAUGAACAAUGUGCUUGCAGGAAGAAUACAGGAAUUUCUCAACAGACUUGUUGGGGAGCAUGGAAGCAUUGACCUUGAAUGGUUAAGGGAUAUUGAACCAGAUGAAGCAAAGAACUACCUCCUAAGCAUUCGAGGAUUGGGACUUAAAAGCGUUGAAUUUGUUCGCCUUUUGACACUUCACCAUUUAGCUUUCC